AUGAUGAGAAUGAAGACUAAAGCAACAGGGUUGUCCCCGGUGACAAAUGGCGGCGCCGCUUUUGGAGGUGGAGGUGGAGGUGAACCGGCCACGCAUGAUUGGGAGCUUAGACCCGGAGGCAUGUUGGUUCAGAAGCGAACGGAUUCCGAUCGAAUCUCUAUCCCACCACCGACUAUUAGAGUUAGAGUCAAAUACGGGUCUAUCUACCACGAAAUCAGCAUCAAUUCUCAAGCUACAUUCGGGGAGUUGAAGAAGAUUUUGACAGGGCCAACAGGAUUACACCACCAAGAUCAAAAGCUGUUAUACAAAGACAAAGAGAGGGAUUCCAAUGCGUUUCUAGACAUGGCAGGUGUGAAGGACAAAUCCAAAAUUGUUUUAGUCGAAGAUCCAAUUAGUCAAGAAAAGAGGUUAUUGGAGAUGAGAAAGACUACGAAGAUGGAGAAAGCUUCUAAAUCUAUCUCUGAAAUCAGCUUGGAAGUUGAUAGACUUGCUGGCCAGGUGUCAGCCCUUGAAUCGAUAAUUGCUAAAGGUGGGAAAGUAGCGGAGAAGGAUGUGCUUAAUUUGAUUGAGCUAUUGAUGAAUCAGUUGCUUAAAUUAGAAGGGAUUAUGGUUGAUGGAGAUGUCAAGUUGCAAAGAAAAAUGCAGGUGAUGAGAGUUCAAAAAUAUGUUGAAACAUUGGAUAUGUUGAAGGUUAAAAACUCUAUGCCUAGUAGCAAUGGAGGUCAAAUGGAAAUGCAGAAUCAACAUAGGCAUACAAAUGGGCAAAAGCUAGCCCCAAUCCAAGAGCAGCAAUCUAGGCAUUUUAACGGGCAAAGACUAGCACCAAUUCAAGAGCAGCAGUCAAGGAACUCAGUUGCCCAUUUGCCAAUCCAUCAACAAUACCAGCAGCAACAACAGCAAUCAAGGAAUUCAGCAGCAGGGGCGGUCGUAGUUACCACGAAAUGGGAGACAUUUGAUUCGUCCCCAGCAUUGUUGCCGGUCCCCUCAACAUCUACAUCUACAUCCACAUCAACCGCCAAUAAUUCAGUCCCUCCAAAUUUCCCUUGGGAAUUCUUUGACUAAGGAGUGUGCCACGUUUCUGUUUUCUUAUGUGUGUGGAUGUGCUUUGGGUUUGUCUUCCAGUUGGGUUUGUCAUCUCUUCUUCUUCUUCUUCCAUUCUUUCUGUACUUAAGAUUUUCUUGUGCAAUCCCCCUUUUUUUUAAUCCGUCAUUCAGUUCACCACCAAAUAAAUGGGGCUUCCACCAUAGAUUACUAUGAUGAUUAUAGUUAAAAACUGUUAAGUCUCCUUUUUAUUCUAUUGUCGUUGAAUUCAUAUUCCAAUUUGUACUGUCCUCCUUUUUAUGGUGACGAGCACAUAUUAUAUUUGUAGACUUGUUAAUUGAGAUACUAGACUUUUAAACUCUCGGAUGAAGGGUAGGUGUAUUUUGGCUUGCCUAAUGAGUAUUGUAUAAUCUUAAUUUCCCCAUUUCUAGGCCAAAUGGAAGGACCAGGUCGAUUGUAAAUUAUUCUCCUAUAAGCCUAAAAGAAGAGAAGAAUAUUGGUUGCUGAAAUUAUGGAAAUAUUAAAAUUCAAAAUUUAAUUCGCAGAUUAAAAUUUUUUUUUUGUAAAAUUUUUAGAAAAUACCACUUUUAAAUAUUUAUACUUUGCUUACUGUAGGGACUACAUAUACGACAAAAAGGCUUUGUUAAAUGGAAGGGAUUUGGGUUAUUAGAGGGUCAUCUAAUAACUAACCUAUCCGGUCAUAGGAAGCCAAGUCUGCUAAAAGUGCAGGGGAAAUGAUAAUAGUGGAUUAAUUUAACCAUAUAUAUGAAAGGAAACGUGUUCUAGGAUAAGAUUGUUUUUACAAAUGUCACUGAUUCCAAUUUCAGAAAACCAAACUUAUCUGGUGCAAGUCACCAGGAUUUUGAUUUUAGCCUAUGACACAUAUUACCUACUCAAUGUAAAGAACCACGAUCAGGGCCACUAUCGAGAUGCAAUAAAUAAUAAGAAAACUUGAGUUUCAUGGCCUUCCCCUGGAUUAUGAAACAUGAUAUGAUCAAACCGUCUUGCAUUUUCGAUUAAGAAAAGGGCUAGAAACUGGUUCAUGGUUGGAAGUUCCCGACUCUAUCUUAGUUCAACAUGACGAAAAGGGUGUUGGCUUAAAGUAAGUUUGUAUAGUGUACACUCUUAUGUCUAAGAAUUGACUUAGAAUUAAUUGUUUCAAUUUAGAAUGACAAAUUGCCAUUUGCCAGCAGGAAAGUCCCCAGCAGAAGUUGCAAUCUGGCAGCUCAUUUGCGCUUGAUAGACGUCGACAUAUCUCUCCAUAGGAAGAAGGCAAAAAGAAAAGCGGCCCCAACACUUCUGGUUAGUAUUAGAAGGUCCAAAAAAAAAAAAAAGAGGUGUGAUCUAACAUCCAAUUGAAAUGAUGAUAGAAAAUUCGAAUAAAGAAUACAAGAUAGCAUUUAAACAUGAAAGGCUGGUAACAGAACAUCAAUAAUUGCCCGAGAAAUAUGCAUAUAGACUAUAGAGUCAAUAUCAUGCUAUCAACACACUUUAUAAAGGAUCACUUGUCUGACUUUUCCCUGAUAAAGAGCAUCAGGUAGGCAUAAAAGAAUACAUGUUUCAUCCAUUUACUCUGAUAAAUUAUCUUGGAGACUUUGAGCCACACCCCAGCAGGUUUCGAGCUAUACAACUUUUGUUGUGAUGAUUAAAGCGAAGAAACGAAGGUCUAAAUCAUACUUUCACUAAAUUGUAUGGCAUCUAUGAAGGACAACAGCUGCUGGGAAAGGCUAGACAGUCGGUGAGCUCCGGGGAAAUUGCAAAGAAGCAUCGAUAGAAAAACGUGUCCAAUUAAUUAAUUAACUAGAAAUCUUGAUAAUAUUGUUGUUUCUGUCAGAUCAGCUAUCUUUUGUGCUAUGAUCUUUCAACUAACAAUGAUUAGCUACAAAAUCAAAUGGGUUGUAAUGUCUUUAUCCUGGUAUCCUGAUGGAAAGCAAAAUGUACCAUAUGGACAAUAUUAAAGCAUAAAGUCAGCGAAGCACUAAAAAUGUAUUUGGAAUAGUCUGUAGUUGGUUCCUGAAAAAAGAA